AUGGUAGCUGCAGGAGGAAAUGGGUUGUUAUUCCCAAUUCUAGGUUUUGCAUCGUGUGUGGUUUUCAUUUACAUGUCCUUCAGUGAUUUGUCUCUCAGUUAUCACCAUGAAUCUGAGCUGAGUUUCGUCACCAGAAACGGGACACAGUUUAUGGUGGACGGUAAAAUCUUGUAUGUCAAUGGAUGGAAUUCUUACUGGUUAAUGGACCAUGCUGUUGAUGAGUAUAGCAGAUAUAGGAUUGGCUCAAUGCUGCAAGCUGGUGCUAAGAUGGGUCUCACUGUAUGUAGAACUUGGGCCUUCAAUGAUGGAGACUACAACGCUCUCCAGCUUUCUCCUGGUAGAUUUGAUGAGCGGGUCUUCAAGGCAUUGGACCAUGUCAUUGCAGAAGCAAGAAAGCAUGGUGUUAGGCUGCUUUUGAGCUUGGUUAAUAAUUUGCAAGCAUAUGGUGGGAAGACUCAGUAUGUCAAGUGGGCAUGGCAAGAUGGCGUUGGUUUAAGCUCUUCCAAUGAUUCCUUCUUCUUUGAUCCAUCUAUUCGCAGAUAUUUCAAGAAUUAUGUUUUGACUUUGCUGACUAGGAAGAACACAAUCACAGGAAUUGAAUAUAGGAAUGAUCCCAUCAUCUUUGGAUGGGAGUUGAUAAAUGAACCUCGUUGCAUGUCUGAUCCUUCUGGUGACACUCUUCAAGACUGGUUAGAUGAAAUGUCUGCUUUUGUGAAAUCAAUUGACAACAAACAUCUCCUGACAGUGGGUUUGGAAGGAUUCUAUGGUCCUAAAAGCCCAAAAAGGUUAACAGUGAAUCCAGAAUUCUGGGCAGCAACCCUUGGAGCUGAUUUUAUUCGCAAUUCCGAGAUUGCAAAUGUCGAUUUUGCGUCUGUUCAUAUCUACCCUGACCACUGGUUUCAUGUGCAAGAGUUUGAAGAGAAGCUGAACUUUUUGUCCAAGUGGAUGCUUUCUCACAUCGAAGAUGGUGACAACGAAUUGAAGAAGCCAGUUAUGUUCACUGAAUAUGGGUUGUCAAACCUAAACAAAGACUUCGAACAAUCCCAGCGUGACAGGUUCUACAAAACUAUCUUAGACACCAUUUACAAAUCUGCAAAAAGAAAUGGGUCUGGAGGCGGUGCCCUUGUCUGGCAGUUCUUGAUUGAAGGAAUGGAAGAAUUUAAUGAUGAUUUUGGAAUGGUGCCAUGGCAAAGGGCAGCAACCUAUAAACUGUUUACAAAGCAAUCGUGCAGGUUGACAAAACUCCCGGGCUCGGUGCUACAAAAUAAAAACUUGAAAGAACUGUGUUCUAAGAGACCCUGAAAAGGUGAUUCUUCCAUCUCAAACAAUAAUUCUUCUCUGGGUACUGAUUCACUUUUCUGGUAUGGGGUUAUUCAAGGGAAACACAUAGGUCUACUGUUUUUUUUUUUUCUUUUUGUUUACUGUUGUGUAACCCAAGCACCUAUAUAUAUAUAAGUUGAGAUUGAUUAAAGUAGGUGUGAAUAUAAGAGCUUUGAAUUUGCAACUUUGCAGCAAAGAUUCAAAUUGUUUGUAGUGCCUUAUAGUUGGCAUAAGGAAAUAUGAAUCCAGUAGUUCCUAGUAAGUUUACAUUUCA